AUGUUGCAUGCCGAUACGUACAAGGAUAUUGAUGGGAAGAGUUCAAGCAAGCCGCUCAAUGGAACGUUCACUGGAGCAUUCCUCUACUCUCUCACUGUAAUUACCACCAUAGGUUACGGUAACACCGCAGCCAAGACGUACAUCGGCAAGACGUUAACGAUGCUGUAUGCGAUUAUCGGCAUCCCACUUAUGCUGCUUUUCCUCACUAACAUUGGAGACGUCAUGGCUAAGAUAUUC